CCACGGGCGAUAAGGACGUCCCUCAGCCUCGAUGCGCCACGUCCUCCCCGCGCGCUGGAGGAGGAGCUUGAGCGGGUCGGUGCCUGAACCUGUUGGACUGCCACGAGGGUUCGAACCAUGGCUGACAGCGGCCGGAUUCCUCAGGCCCGGGCACUUCUGCAGCAGUGCCUGCACGCCCGCCUGCAAAUACGUCCAGCCGAGGGGGACACCGAGACUCAAUGGGUGGAGGUUCAGAGGGGAUUAGUGAUCUAUGUGUGUUUUUUCAAGGGAGCUAAUAAAGAACUUCUUCCCAAAAUGGUUAAUACUCUGUUAAAUGUGAAAUUAAGUGAAACAGAAAAUGGCAAGCACGUGUCUAUAUUGGACCUACCUGGCAAUGUUCUUAUCAUCCCUCAAGCCACUCUUGGAGGGAGAGUAAAAGGAAGAAACAUGCAGUAUCACUCUAACUCUGGAAAAGAAGAAGGGUUAGAACUUUAUUCCCAAUUUGUGACUCUGUGUGAGAAAGAAUUAGCUGCUAACAGCAAGUGUGCUGAAGCUGGGGUUGUGGUGGAACAUGGUACUUACGGGAACAGGCAGGUGUUAAAGCUGGAUACCAAUGGACCAUACACACACCUAAUUGAAUUUUGAAAAAUUAAAAGUCAGUUUCUCCAGUUGUUUUCUAGUAUAAAAUGAUUUUGACUAUAUUUAGAUUUUCUUCCUCUUCUUGAAUACACAAUCUGCAGCAUUUUUAGACAAGAAAAUCCUGGUUCCCACUCAUAACUAUGCAGCCUGAUAAUGGAACGACCUUGCCAAGUCACAAACUCAAUCUCAGUCACCUUUCAUUCUGCUUUCCCCUACACUUCCACUUGAAACUUGAAAAAUGCUUUCUAUUCAUUUCAUAGUCAUUGUGGAAAUGUUCUUAGAGAGCUGUAUUUAAAAGUAUUUUGUAGUGAAGAAUAUUGUGUAAUCUAGUAAGAUAUAUUUCUUGUACCUUUAAAUGUAUGUAGUGUGUAAUAAAAAUAAUUAUUUUUAUUAAAAUUAGGUGAAAUACCACACAAACUAAUUACAAUUUUGUCAGUUAGGUUUUACUAUUUCAGUUUUCCAUAUUUUGAAUGGAACAAUAUGCCAUUGACUAUUCCUUUUAAUAAUAUCUAUGAAAGUGUAAUAUAGAAAUGUUAUUGUGCAUUAUGUUACUUUCUAAGGACAUCUAAGUGCCUUAAAUCAUUUUAAGACUCUUUAGUUGAUACAAGAAAGUGUGAGGUUUAAAAAUUGUUUUUAUUUAAUAUACGUAUGGGUUAAUACUUCAGUUUCUCAGUUUUUUACCAAAAUUAUGUCUUAUUUUCUGUCUUUGGUUUUUAAAAGUUACUGCUUUGUGAAAUUAACGUUCAUAAGAAGUCCUUUCUUAUUUAAUUAUAUUGCUGUAAAAGGAAGAAGAAGAAAAAGGGAAGCUUUCUACUGGAAUUAUUUGGAAACAAGUCAACUUGUUCCUUUCCAUAUUACUUAACUGACGAUUUGGAGGCACUGUCAUUUUUUCUGUUAGUGAAUGUUUGUGCCCAUCACCCCCCAUUCAUAUGUUGAAGUCCCCCAACAUGAUGGUUUUGAAGAUGGGGCUUUGGGAAGUAAUUAGGGUUAAUAGAGAAAAUAAAUUUCUGUUAUUCAAGCCA